UUUCCUAUAAUUUGAAUUUUUUCGAAAAGAAUUUAUCAAGAUGAUGAAGCUACAGAUAGCCAAUGAUCGUGAUAGAAAAGAAGCUCAGAACAGAGAGAGGCGGCGGCAAUGCGAGCUCGAAAGAAGAUCUAGAAUUUUUAACGCAAGAAACAGGAAAAUUGGCGUCGAUGUUCGCUUCUUGGAGCGUCAAGUUGAGGAAAAGAGAGCAGAAAGAGAUGAACAAGAGAGGAAGAAUCUCGCGUUCGCGCAGCAGAUGAUUAAGGACAGCAACCUCGCUGUCGUUCUAGAAGCAAGGGAAAGGGAGGAGCGUCGUCGUAUCGACUUGGAGAUUAACGAGUAUAGAUACAGAUAUCAAAGACCUGAAGAUCGCCGGGAAUAUGACCUGAACGACCCUGAAGUACUAAAGAAGCAGCUUCCUCCACGAGCCUCCGAUGAUAAUCCCGUUGGCAUGUCCAGUGCACAGAAAUUUGAAGGAGAAGAUCUUAACUAUGAAGAACGUAAGAAGAUAAUGGCAGAACAGAAAAAUGCUUGGCUCGAGCAGCAGGUCCAGGAGAGGAAGGCUGCUGAAGAGGAACGGAAGAAAGCGGAGGAAGCUUAUAUGAUGGCGAUAAAAUCGCGCGAUGCUCGAGCGAGCGAAUUGGAUCAGUUGGAACGAGAAUGUAGAUACCGACUGGGCCAGGCUAAUCUGCGCUACAAUGAAGCUUUGGCAGCUGAGCGCAAGCAAAUCAAGCAGAUCUUGAAGGAGCAGGAGGAAGCAGAUAACACCGCAGAGAUGUACAACAACCUCACUUCUGAUAUGCUCACUGAGAACCCCGAUGUCGCUAAGAGCGCCCUCGGCAAAAAUAGGGCGAUCGGUUUCAUGUACAAAGGCAUGAACCAAGAGGAGCUGAAGAAGUUCUAUGCCGCGCAGAAAGAACAAAUGGCCGCCAACAAGAUGAAGAGAGACGCCGCUGACAAAAUGGAGGCGGAGUGGCAAGCGUUGUCUAAAUCUAUACAGCGUGAAGUCGCCCGUCAAGAUAUUCUGGACCAAAGACAAAGAAGGGAAAUGGCUAAACAAUUAAUGGAAGAGAACCAAUUAUUGGCAAUGCAGCAGAAGGAGAAAGAAAAAUACUUCAAAGAAGUCGUGUACAACAACACGCCUACUGAUGAAUAUUAUUCUCAAUUCAAUACAACUACAAGAUAAAUUAUAAC